AAGACGGACUUUUGCACACAGACUUAGAGGAGUGGAGCAAGUGCCGUGUGACAAUCUGACUAUAGUAACGUGAAGCUCUGUUAUGAGAAGCAAGUCGGCGAACCGCUGAGAAGUAAAAAAACAUGGGCGAACUCUCGGAUGAUGCAAAUGACUACCUGACAUGUGGUAAAUGCCUCUCAGAAUUCCCACUGAAAAACAUAGUGACAUUUAUUGAGCACAAGAAGAAGGACUGCGAUGUGCUCUCCAGUGGGGAAGCUGAACCAGGUUUGCUGUGUUCUGCUUGUUCCAAGGGAUUCAUGACUGCAGUGGGACUUCUGAAACAUGCCAAAGUCUCCCAUAACCUCCAGCUUUUUCUUGAAAAUGGACCAUAUAGAAAUGGAGUGCUUGCGUCCAAGACACAAACAAAUGAACUACCAAUAAAUGUAAAUAAUGAUAUCCCAGUGAAUCUCAUCACCAGAUUCAAUGUGGGACUCUCAGAUAAUGAGACAACCAGAGGGUUCCAAGAGAGUCCCAGCCUUACAGAACUGGAGGGGACGGAGGAGGCCUCCGCCUUGCGCCUCAGUGGGCUGUGUUCUACAGGGAGUGCCUCCACGAUUCCUAGAAUUUCCAUCUCCCCAACCAGCACACAAACUGUAUCUCAUGAAUUACAGAAGGAAAAUGUGCCAACAUUCAGCACAGAAAAUAACAAUCAAGGUGCAAUGGUGAACCCAUCCUCAUAUAAUUCCAGUGCUUAUGGUGGCACAGCUAUCAGGAAUACAGAUUCCACAUUUCCAGAGAGUACAGGGGAUAGUGGUGCAGUGGAGGAAGGUAACAACAGGUGUGAACGACAAGAAGACAUAGCAGAGGAGGCUCUGGAGGGUGAGGAUGCUUGCUGUUCCAGUCAGGAAUGUGGGGUGGAGGUCAUUCCAGGGACCCAUGAGAGCUUACAGAAGUGCUGCUAUGCUGUAGCCCCAAAAAAACGUAAAAGACAUAUGGAGACCAAACAUGUGCCUUCCUACUGGCGAACAAGAUUCAACAGGCGGAGGAUGCUGGGUAUUCGGGACUCAUCAUUUAGGCGACCUGCCAGCAGAAGUCAAGGGACGAUUUACAUUGACCUGAAGCCUGAGUCCGGAGAAGUAUUGACCUCGAGGUCGAACAAUGAGACCUCCCCAGAAUCCAUGAGAACUACCAACUUUGACAGUAACCAUGGAGACUCCAUGGGGAUCCACAUGACAGGCAUGACCAGGGACUCAACUUCAAAGGCAAACUCCCAGAAACCCAGCCGAGGCAGUUUCUACAUCAAGCCAAGAGCAGUUUUCUCCAUUCCAAUUUCCUAUACAAUUCCUACACAAGCUUUAGACACAAGCAAGACCAGCAGAUCUGAUACAAAUUCAACUUCCACUGAACAUGACAUACAAUCAGACAACAGUCCAUCCUCCACACUCAGUGACCGUAACUCUUCCGUAUCAACUCUCAGUGGUUAUCAUCUCUCCUCAAAUUCCGGCCGUAUUUCUAAUUCUGUAUCAUCUGACUCCCACAUAUAUGGCAUCGAUAUUCCCUCCUUAAUCUCACAGGCCACCAGGCAAUUUAAUCUGGUUCCAAGCUCUUCAGAGUGCGUUGAAAGUAAUGAUAAAGAUGACCAAUCUGGUGAAGAGGCUGAUGGAAAGCUUGGGCGAAAGCGAAGAUACCCGACCACCAAGCCGUAUAAAUGUGACCAGUGUGACAAUGCCUUCAAUCAGAGAAUUCACCUCAAAAAGCACAUGAGUAAACACACAGGCAUCAAACCUUUUAAGUGCCAGCAGUGUGACUAUUCCACAGUAGAAAGAAGUCACCUGAAAGUCCACAUUCGGAUUCAUACAGGUGAGAAGCCAUUCAAGUGCACAUUUUGUGAAUAUGCUACAGCUCAGAAUAGUACUCUCAAAAUCCAUCUAAAAAGACAUCAUGGUCGCCAGGGUUCCAGUGAAAAAGAGGGCACUUCAACAACCAAUCAGCAUGGUGUUACCAUGGAAAUCAGUCAGGAGAGGUCAUUAGAUUCAAAUGAUGAAGCAAAAAAAAAUUCUUAAGCUUCAAACUCUGUAAUUAAAGUUAUCAAAGGGUAAACUUUCCCUGAGACUUUGCAGGUGUUCCUUAUUGUGAAUUAUUUGAACUGUAUUUCGAGGUUGUAUCGAAAUAGCACCAGUUAAUUACCUCUUUCAGGUCUCUGAAGUGUUCAUCCUUGCAUGUGCUGAUUUAGAUGGGGAGGUCUGAACUCCUCGUGGAAAAUUCAAUUUUAUUAUAUUAAUGUAGUAAAUUUACUGCAAAUAGACCUCUGACCUUGCUUGGUACCACAAUUAUCCGUCUAAACCCCCCCCCCCCCCCCAUCCCCCCCGCAAAAAUUUUCUGGACCCUCUCAGGCAUCUGGUUGUUUUUAAAUGUAAUGACUUAUAAAUUACUUGACAAAUAAUAUGUGUGUUAUAUUUUGAUCAUUACAAGAACUGUUUAUUUCUGUUGACCGAUAUCUUUAAAUGACGUAAAGUAUAUAUCUUCUUAAUUGCUUGCUAUGGUUUCAAGAGUCAGAGAUUAGCUCUCUUCAAUAUGGCAUUCUGUUAUUAUAAAUGACUAGUUUUAAUAACCUUAAUGGUUAAAAGCCUAAAACAUUACUCCUUGAUCAUACAUAGCUUUUAGAACAUCAGGAGCAAAUCCUAAGCGCCUGUAACACAUCCAAAGAAAGACAUAAAAACAUUCUAGAAUUAGUCAUAUUUGUUUUUUAAUAAGGACUCUUAAGAUAACUUAAGAGAAACAAAAAUUAAAAUUUUGAUGUAUGUUCAAUAUUUAAUACACAAAUAAAAAGAAUAUGAAAGCAGGUCUGUUUCUCUGUAAAAGAGAAAUAAUAUUUUUGACCUCCGAAUAAAAUUCGACCUUUUUAUCAUGCCUAUUUUUUUUGUUUAGGAUUGAUUAAUAUAUAUACCAGGUAUCUAUGAUUUUGAAUCUAUAAAUAUUUGACCAUCAUUGUAACUUCCAAUGAAAAGAUUUUAAUCAAAAAUCAAUAUUGGUUGUUUAUAUCAGACCAAGUGUUUUGCAUAGCUUGUUUUUGUAUUCAUGGUAAUUUUUAUUAUUGAGUUUAUUACUGUUUUUUUUUCAAUAAUUUUUCUUUAUGUUGUUCUUUCUGUUAGAGGUAAGGUAAUUUAAAACAAUUAAUUCCUUGAGCAUUUGUAUUUUUUGGUUAAUAUUUCUAAAAAUGGUUUUUGUAUGCUUGUGUGAUUUAUAACUAUUAAUAUGUUUGGCUCUUGCAGAUGUUUAUCUCGUUCAUAUAAUACUUGGUUUAAAAUAUUUAAAACUUACCCGGUAAUAUUGUUUUUAAUGUGCAUGUCUCUUCAUUAACUUACAUGACUUAAUGAGAAUUACUCAGACAUACUAGUAAGUCAGUGCAAGUCAACUUAGACAUAAGGUAACUAAAAAAUCAACUCUGACACAAGUCAUUAUAUUAUUUUACCAGGGAUUCCAAAAAACUUUGCAAUAUCAGAAAAUUUGUUAUAUCCUUGUUCUUACUAAACGAGUUUUACUGUAGAUAAAUUAACUCAACAUGAGUCAAUAGAUAAAUCAACUUGAUCUUGAGUCAAUAGAUAAAUCAACUCAAAUAUGAGUCAAUAGAUAAAUCAAGUCAACAGAUUGUAAACAGUGUUUGGUAGAAAUACAACUUGAUAAGUUGUUUUUUUUUUUAAGACUGGUCACUUAGAAGGUAAUAAUUUUGGGAAUUUACAACAUUGUCAUUGUGAGGUUUAAUUGUACCAGUACAUGUACCAAGUUUUUAUUUUUUUUUUAACUCCUGUCUAAUUGGUUUAUACUAUUCUGUUUAUAUUCUGCUCAGCUCUAUGGAGAUCUAAUCUCUGUUUUAUAAGUGCUUCGUUACCACAGCAGCAGUUGUUGAGUUUCCUGUUUGUAAUUAUACAUGUUGAUUGAUCCUCAGAUAAGAACAAUUGCCCCUGUUUCAAAUCUGCAAAUUAUUAUUUAAAUCUCUAAAUUUCUUAAUUAACCUUUUGUCUUUAAAUUGAUUUUCUGUGUGUCCAACAUAACAUAAUGAUGACAAGAAUGUAUACUGAUUAUGUCAUGUCAAUCCAAAUACAUAUAAUCCAAAUAUCUUGAUCUGAAUUAUCAUGACCUUGACCUAAAUGUGGUGAUCGAGAUCCUAAAUACAGUUCGUUUUCUACUGAUUGUCAUGUAAACAUCCUAUAUAAUUAUGUUGUCUGUGAUGAUAAAUGAUUUAAUAUGUCAAACUUGUUGUUUGUUGAUGACUAUCACAUGUAAUGCUCGAUGUAGCAAUGCAUUUGCACUUUAAUAAUAAAAUGUUAUCAUUGGAGCGAUAUAAAUGAAGGAUUUUAUAGCUGGCUCAUAAAAUCAACUUGUUGUUAUGGUCAUUAGCUACAAAAUUAUAAUUCAUAAAUACUACUAACAUCUUUAACUACUAUUUUACUAUGGAAGUAAGAAAACAUUAUGUACAAAUAUUUCAUCUGACUGUUCAAUAAUUUAUUAAAGAUUAACUUUUAUAUACAUGUAACACAUUGAAGAAAAUAAAGUUAUCAUAUCACAGAG